UGGCUGACCUACCUGUUACUGCUGAUCCUGAUCUGUAGCACUGUGCCCUCUCUGUUCUCUAGGUGGCUGACCUACCUGUUACUGCUGAUCCUAGAUUGUAACACUGUGCCCUCUCUGUUCUCUAGUGGCUGACUACCUGUUACUGUUGAUCCAGAUCUGUAACACUGUCCCUCUCUGUUCUAGUGGCUGACUACCUGUUCUGCUGAUCCAGAUCUGUAACACUGUGCCCUCUCUGUUCUCUGGUGCUGACUACCUGUUCUGUGAUCCUAGAUCUGUAACACGUGCCCUCUCUGUUCCUAGGUGGCUGACCUACCUGUUACUGCUGAUCCAGAUCUGUAACACUGUGCCCUCUCUGUUCUCUGGGUGGCUGACCUACCUGUUACUGCUGAUCCUAGAUCUGUACACUGUGCCCUCUCUGUUCUCUGGUGGCUGACUACCUGUUACUGCUGAUCCUAGAUCUGUAACACUGUGCCCUCUCUGUUCUCUAGGUGGCUGACCUACCUGUUUUCUGCUGAUCCUAGAUCUGUAACACUGUGCCCUCUCUGUUCUCUAGGUGGCUGACCUACUGUUACUGCUGAUCCUAGAUCUGUAACACUGUGCCCUCUCUGUUCUCUAGGUGGCUGACCUACCUGUUCUGCUGAUCCCAGAUCUGUAGCACUGUGCCCUCUCUGUUCUCGGUGGCGACCUCCCUUUUUUUACUCUGCUGACCCUAAUCUGUACACGUCCCCCUCUCUUUUUUCCUAGGUCUGACCCCCUUUUACCUGCUGACCAGAUUGUAACACUCCCCUCCUGUUCCGGUGGCUAAACUACCUUUUACGUUGAUCCUAGAUCUUACACUGUGCCCUCUUUUCUCUAGGGGCUGACUACCUUUUUCUGCUGACCCCCAAUCUGUAGCACUGUCCCUCUCUGUUCUCUGGUGCUGACCUCCCUUUUUACGCUACCAGAUCUGUAAAAGUGCCCUCCGUUUUUGGUGGCUGACCUACCGUUACUGCGACCUAAUCUUUAAAAACUGUGCCCUCUCUUUUCUCUGGGGCUGACCACCGUUACUGCUGCCAAUCGUACCUGUGCCCUCUCUGUUCUCUAGGGGUGACCUCCCUUUAUUUUGCUACCUAGAUCUGUACACUUCCCCUCUCUGUUCUCUGGGUGGCUGACUCCUGUUACUCGAUCCAAUUUAAACCUGUCCCCCUGUUCUCUAGGGGGCUAAACUACCUUUUUAUUGGACCUAAUCUGUAACACUGUGCCCUCCUGUUUCUCAGGGGGCUGCCCUCCUUUUUUCUGCGACCCCGAUCGUACAUGUCCCCUCUCUGUUCUCUGGGUCUAACUUUUACUGCGAUCCUAGAUCUGAAAAACUGUCCCCUCUCUUUUUCUCGGUGGUUGCCCAACCGUUCUCUGAUCCUAGAUCUUACACUUUGCCCUUUCGUUCCCCUGGGGGGGCUGACCUCCUUAUCUCGACCCCCAGAUCAAACAGGCCCCCUCUUUCCCGGGGGCACACAAAUUUUUUCCAAUCUGUUCCCCCUUUGCUCUGGGGGAAACCCCCGGGUAUUACCAAAAAGGGGGAGGUCAUCCCACAAAAAUUGAACAUUUUUCCCCUCUGUUCCCCUUGGCACCCCCCGGUUUUCACCCCAACUGACAUUCCCUUUGCGGGGGCCCCUCCUUUUUUGGAAAGACUUAAAACGGGGCCCUCGUCUCUAGGUCGACCUACCGUUACUGCUAUCCCAGAUUUGGGACGGGUUCUUUUUCCUGGGUGGCAAACCCCCUUUUCGGUCCAAUCUGUAAAUUUUCCCUCCUUUUUGGGCUACCAACCGGACUGCUGACCCCAGAUCUUCCUUCCCUCUCUGUUCUCAGUGCGACCUACCGUUACGCUUCCAGAUCUUACACUGUGCCCUCCUUUCUCUGGGGGGCGACCCCCUGUUACUUGCUGAUCCAGGUUUUAACCUUGCCCCCUGUUCCUAGGGCUGACCUCCUGUUACUCGGUUCCAACUGACACGUGCCCUCUCGUUCUCAGGGGGCGACCUACCUUUACUGCUGACCAAUUUAACCGGCCCCCCUCUCGGGUUCUCUAGGGGGGCUGACCUCCUUUUUAAUUUUGCUGAUCCUAGACUGAACACGUGCCCUCUCUGUUCUCUGGGGGUACCUACCUUUAGCUGAUCCUUUUCGUACACGGGGCCCCCCUUUUCCUAGGGGGCUGACCUCCUUUCUGCGCCCCUAGAUCUGAAACCGUGCCCCUCUGUUCCUAGGUGGCUACCCCCUUUACUGCUGACCCCAGAUCUGUAACCCGUCCCCCUCCUGUUCUCUAGUCUGAAAACCUGUUCUGCUGACCUAAUUUAAACCCUUUUUUGCCCUUCUGUUCUCCGGCUGACCACCUUUUACUGGGGGAUCCCAAUUGUACACUUGCCCUCUCGUUCUCAGGGGGCUGACCUACAUGUUACUGGCUGAUCCAGUUUGCCCAAAAACUGGCCCUCUCUUUUCUCUAGUGGCUGACUCCUUUUUUCUGCUGAUCCUAGAUUGUUAACUGGCCCUCUCUUUUCUCUAGGUCUGACCUCCUGUUAUGCUAAUCCCAAUCGUACACUUGCCCCUCUGUCUCGGGUUGGCGACCCCUGUUCCCGCUGAUCCAGUCUGUAACCUGUGCCCCCUUCUUUUCUCUGGGGCUACCUACCGCUACUGCUGAUCCCAGAUCUGUAGCACGUGCCCCUCUUUUCUCUAGUGGCUACCUACCUUUUACUGUUUUUUCCAGAUCUGUACCUGUGCCCUCUCUUUUCUCUAGGGGGCUGACCACCUUUACUGCUGAUCCUAAUUGAACCUUGCCCUCUCUGUUCCCAGGGGGCUGACCACCUUUACUUGCUGACCUAGAUCUGUAACACGUCCUUCUGUUCCUAGGUGGCUCCUACCUGUUACUUUGUUUGAUCCUAGUUUUAAACCUGUCCCUCUCUUUCUCUAGUCUGCCCCUACCUGUUCUGCUGACCCAGAUUGAAACACUGUGCCCUCUCUGUUCUCUAGGUGGCUGACCUCCCUUUUUAUUUAAUUUAAUUCCCUCUCUUUCCCCCUGGUCUAAACCCCUUUACCUAAAGUUUAACCGGUGUUUUUUUCAUCUGAUCCUUUUUCCAUCCAAGAAAAUUUGGUUUUUUUCUGGGCUCCUCCUGUUUGGACCAACAGACCCCCCCCUUUUUUUCUGGGGCUGCCCUCCCGACCUUGGCCCCUUUUCCCCUUCCUUUCCUGCCCUUUUUCCCUGGAAAUUUUAAAAACCGGCCCCUCUGUUUGGUUACUCCCAUGUAAUUUUUUACAUUUUCUUUUUUGGGGUACCUUUUUUCUAUCUAUCAAAUUUUAACUUCCCCCCCCCUUGCGAUACCCACCGAUAAAGUUUAAACUGUCCCUCCCCUGUUCCAUCAAACCCUAUUUACUUUAUCCAAUUGCCGGCCCCCCUUUCAGGUCAUCCUUUAUCCCAAAACCUGGCCCUUUUUCCAUUCCCCUUUUUAUUUAAGGGUCCAAAUCGUCAUGUCCCCUUGUUUUAGUCUGCAUUUUUUAAAACGCCUAAACUCCCUUUUCCCUUUUUUCCUCGCCCACGGGCCCAGACAACCCCCUCUCCCAACCCAGUAUUUACUUUCCAAACCCCCAAAUUUAAAUCCCCUAAGUUGUGCUCUUUUUUUUCAUUUUUCCCUACUAACUAUUUUUUAAACCCCCUAUGCCAAAAACAAUUUUUUAUCCUUGGAUUAUUCCUCCCAUUUUUAGUGAUUUUUCUAAAAGUUUUCCCCUUCCCCCUUGUUUUUGGGUUGUUAGGGAAAUACAAAAAUUUUCCUUACUGGUUUUGAACCGGCUUUCUUCCAAAAAAAUCUAAAAUCCCCCCCUUUACAAAAUAUUCCCCUUUGGAAAAAUGUAAAAAAAAAAAAACAAAGAAAAAAACAUUAACCAAGGGGGUCUUUAGGCCAAAAAAUUCGGGCAACCAAAGCCGGUUUUUUUCCACUUCCCCCAAUCCGAAAGAGUCCCCAUGAGAAAAGUUUAAAGCCACUAAACCAAUCCAAGGGGGCAAGACAAAAACCCAAAUACAAAAAAGGGAAAAACGUCCCCAAGGGGGCCGGGGCCCUUUAAAAAAUUUUUUUCACAACCAUCCCCAAAGACUAACCGGGAGUUCACCCCACGAAAACUGAAAUUUGGGACCCCCCCAAACCAUUGGGUUGGGGAAAUUCUUUUCUACCAAAAAAACGAAAAAAAAAAAAACAAAAACCCCCCCCCGGACAAAACCCCCAAUUUACAGCAAAGAAAACCCCCUUUCCAUCUCUAGUCGGUCAAAAAUCGUUGUUGGUUGUAAUAGAUAUAAUUUAUCCAAUCCAUAUUUUUGUUUAUUGUCACCCACCAGAAAAAUUUUGUAGUAAAACUCUCCCAUAUUUGAUUCAUAGCUUUGUAUUCGUCUGGAACACCCCUGGGGAUGCCUAUACCAUCUAUCCAAAUUGGGCUAUUUCUUUCCUGACUUAUUUCUUUUUCUCCUAAUUAUUCUUCCUGUCCCUGGUCUUUGAUGACUAAUUCUUACAGGCUGGACCAACAAUACUGGUGCACAAGUACCCACCCAUCCCUCUGGUAAUGUCUGUCGAAUGCUCCCUUUGUUAGUGCAUGCCCACCACACAUCAGUCAGAGGGAUGGUUAGGCUCCUAAUUUUUUUCCCUCCCUUCCUUAUCUAAAUCAGUCACAUUAAUUAUCUCCUUACAGCCAUCAAAAUCACCCAAGUUACGGGUGCCAUUUCUAUGUCUGUAACACUGGUAUUCGCCAGGAGUUAAAGUGAAUCUAGGUGGACUGGCCCAGUAUGUCAAUUUUGCCAGCCCAAUCCCUGUGCAAUUUGGCUCUUUUUGAUUGGACCCCAGGUCUAAUACACAGGGAAACAUUGCCUUUGGCAUUGGGGCGGUCAACAUUGUCGGUCGCCCAAUGGAGCAUGCAUAACAAUUGGUCUCCCCCAAGGCCCUAGCGGUGUAUUUCAUCCACUUUAACCAGAGAUUCUCAUCAGGGACCCCCUCCACUUCCCCAUUGUUCCAUUCUUGGAGGAGAAAAUCUUUCAUAGUGGACGGGUUAGUUGAAUUGACUCCGUCAUCCCUUGACUGAUCUACUCGGUCUAUUGCUGUUAGUGGAUUAAUGACAGUACCUGUGCUUUCCAUAUCUUUUGACUCCAUCAAAUGUAAUCUUAUACAAGUAUCCCAUCCGUAUUUGUCCGCGCAAGCCCAGUAAGUUAUUUUCAUGUCCUCUUUAGUGACUUUUACUAUCGUUACUACCAUUUCCGUGGGGAUGUCGUUAUACCUUCUUAUCCUCCAUCUGGACGUCCAGCCCCCCCCCCCCCCCCCCGUCCGUCUCAUAUCUCCGUCCCCCAGUAUGUCUAAAUACCUGAGCCCAGGAACAAUCUGCCGAGGGAGCUGAACAUAAAUACAACGGGAUCUUAUAAUCCCAUGUUGCUUGCUUAUCUGCUCUGAUAAGAUCCCUAAUCCUAAUUUUGAAUCUUACUCCCCACCCCUCUCUGACUCCUAUUUUGUAGAUCACUCGCCCUUGACGGUCAGUAUGUCGGGUCGCUUCCCUUUUAUUUCUUAAUAAUGGUAAGGCCAUAGCGUAAUUGGUGCGAGGUGGUGAUGGAUCUUGACAUACCACGACUAUUGCCGAGACUAUGAUGCAGCUCAGGGUCACCCAUAUUCCCCAAAACCGCCAACGCUCUCCUGUCUUGAGUCCUUCUGCUCGGUACCCACCCCAUACUCACACCCUAGGAACACACUACAGUGAUGAUAGGUCUGGGUAGGAGAUCUUCGUUGACAGAGGUGACCCCCGGACCCUGUGGCCCAGUUCCGCUCGUCAACUCUGCGUGUGCUAAGCGGUGCUUGUAUGUGGUCUUACCUUCUUGCAGUGGGUAACAUGGACCCAGGAUUCCUCUCUCUGCUAUUCUAAUGGCCAAGGUGGUUACCAACAUAACCUGAUAGGGCCCUUCCCAACAGGGCCUGCUUCCAGUUUCCUUCUAGUGACUGGAUGCUCACCAGUCACCUGGUUAGAUAGUGGGUCACCUUCUCCUUUAGUUCACCUGUGGGGCACAAAACCUCUGACAUACGGGUGUGGUUAAUAAACUAUCUUCACACAUGUUCAGAUUAAUCUAACAAUUUCUGACUGCAUUCUCUUUUUAGACUGUAUGUAAAAAAAUGUUUUUUUUUUAAAGUAUUUUGUCCUCUCCUUCGUAUAUUAUUUAAUACAAUUAGCCUCUUCCCCCCUCUUGACACAUAGUUCUGCUUAUGUGUCAAUUUUUUCCACCUUCCUAAACAUUCCCUUAGGUUAUUUAUCAACCAAUUGCCAUGCCUUUCAUUUUUGAGAUUGUCUUUUGCUUCUUUAUUGCUCCUCCCACUUCCUUUGUCUUUAUGGCGGCUAAAUUCGACUUUCAUUCAGUUCAGAAUCAAUUAGUAAUCCAACAAACUAUCUCUUAUCUUGUAAAAACACUUAUGUUUAGUUCAACCUCUGUUCUACCCCGGCUCUCCCGGGCUUGACCUGAAGACUGAUUUUUGGAUAUGACAAGUCCAUUUUUAGGUCCCCUAAGUAUUCUGCCUAGCAACAAAGAAUAAAAACCUCUAUGUUCGUGAUUAACCCAGUUAUCUCUAAUAGCCCACCAAAAAAAAAAAACAUCUUUAAAUCACGACCAAUGUCAUAUCCCUCCAUCUACCAUUUGGGUAACAUCCCUGAUAUAUGUAUGAAAAGCUAAGACUGUUUGGGAAGAGAGCAACAACAUAAACUGUUCUUCCUCCUCAGAGUUCCAAAUGAUUUUAUCAUGGGCUGCCAUUGCCUUCCCAUAGAUAAGAUCACUUAACUUCCCAGUAUGUAGUGCAUAAUGCGGUACCCAAGCUCUACAGUAGUUUAUCAUCCCCAAAAAGCUCAUCAUUUGUUUUUUUUUCAAUGGUUUUGGCGCUUCAAGUAUAGCAGUUUUCCUGGAUGAGUUUAACAUUCGCCCUUCCUGAGUUAUAGCGUGUCCUAGGUAAAUCACCUCGCUCUGCCAAAGUUGAAGUUUCUUUUUGCUCACUUUGUGUCCCUGUUCUGCUAGGAAGGUUAACAAUUGGAUUGUAUCCCUCUUACAUCCCUCCUGAGUGGGAUUAGCCAAUAGAAUAUCAUCUACAUAAACUAACAUUUGGCUUCCCUCCUGAGGUUCAAACUUUCCCAAAUGCCUAGUUAUAGCCUGGGCAAAGAUUGUAGGACUUUCCGAGUAGCUUUGAGGCAUCCUAUGUCCAUUUCCUUCCCUGAAAAGUAAAGCCAAACCACCCCUGACUAUCCGGAUGAACUGGGAUACUAAAGAAAGCAUUAGCUAAAUCUAUCACUGUAAAAUAGGAGUUUUCUGGUUUCAAUUGGUUCAGCAAUGUAUGUGGAUCUGGUACACAUGGAGCUCUGGGAAUUAUAUUUCUAUUAACCCCCUGCAAGUCCAUUACCAUCCUCCAGUCGGCGCUAGGUGCCGCCUUUUUAACAGGAAAUACUGGAGAGUUGCAUUGUGCCUCAUCUCCAGGAAUUAUCACCCCUCCCUUAAGUAAAUGCUCAAAUGUAGGUGUUAUCCCUUUUAUUGCUUCUGGUUUCAUAGGGUAUUGCUUUUGGUAUGGUCUAUGAUCGGAUCGAGGAAUCACUUGUACUGGAGCUACCCCCUUAAUUAGUCCCACAUCGGCUGGUCCUUGUGACCAUAAUUUGAACGGAAUUGCUGCCAACUCAUCCUCCUGUUCCUGAGUUAAGAAAAUCUCUUCCUGUCAUCCGUUAAAAUUUGUCUCCAGGUGGACCCCGGGCUGGGUUUUUGCUCUCCAAUUCAAUUUUCUUCUAUAUCUCCCCGUGGAGUGGCUAUACUGAUCCCCAUUUGGUGUAUUUUGCCAGUCAGUGAUGUUUUCCCCCUGUUUUAUCCAUUUACCUAGUGAUAACCAUUCCUCUGAAGGUUCUUUCACUAGGGAAACAUGGGGGCUCCACCUUUCUCUGUACAGUCUCUGGCUUUGUGGUCCUAACUCCACCUCUACAGCUGCCCGUUUUUUAUCAUAGUGAACCCAUUUUAACCCAAUUGUUUUUUCUGUGAUUUUUAACAAUUCUUCCUCAUAAUCUGGGUUAGGACCUGGGUGCUCAUUACACCAUAAUGUACAGUGUAAGUCAUCUACCGUCAUCUUGGUUGAUCCAAUCACUAACUCAUUACUUAGGUCCAUUAGUGAUUUCGGUAUGUCUGUGAGUCCCCCUCUUAGCAGAUCCUGGCUAUACCAAUAGCAUGGUUUUCCCUCCCCGCUCAAUACCAUAUUAUCCCUUACGACAUAUGCCUUCAUACCCCUCAGCGUUGGCUUUACAGCUACGUUCAACUGAGUCAUGGCAUCCCUUCCUAGCAAAUUGACCGGACACAGGCUUGAUACAAGUACAGGUAUGCAUACCUCUCCCCCUGAAUCUUCAUGUUUUAAAGUCACCGGGGCCGAUAAUCGCUCUAUAAAUUGAUGGCCCGAGGCCGAGCGUACCAUGAUUUUUUCCCCAUUAAUUCUAAUUUCUUUGGGUAUGUCGGCUACACAGAUCGCUGUGCGACAUGCCCCUGUGUCACACAAGAAUUUAAUAUUUUUCCCCAAUAUUGUUAAAGUGAGGUAUGGUUUCUGUUCUUGCUGCAGAGCCAAUUCAAUCGUUUCCAAUUCAAACACUUCACACCCCGUAUCAAUGGUAUCCUCUGACCCCUCUCCUUCACUAUCUGUCUUACUAUCUUCCCCUUGCUCUAGUCAUGCCUCAUCUUCCUCUUUCCUCCUAUCAUUACUGAAUCAAUGAUAAUACAUUUACAUUCUAGUCACCCAGCAGACGCUCCUAUCCAGAGCGACCUACAGUUAGUGAAUACAUAUUAUUCUUUUUAUUAUUCUUUUUUUUUCUACUGGCCUCCCCCCGUGGGAAUCGAACCCAUAACCCUGGCGUUGCAAACACCAUGCUCUAUCAACUGAGCUACAUCCCUGCCGGCCAUUUUCCCCCCUACCCUGGACGACGCUGGGCCAAUUGUGCGCCGCCCAUGAGUCUCCCGGUCACUGCCGGCUGCGACAGAGCCUGGAUCCGAACCAGGAUCUCUAGUGGCACAGUUAGCCCUGCGAUGCAGUGCCUUAGACCACUGCGCCACUCAGGAUAAUAAUAACUGCAAUAACUAUCAAUAAUAAUUAUAAUAACUAUUACGAAUUAUAUUGUCCUUAUUCUGAUGUUAUAAUUGUAGUCUAUUCCAUCACUUUAGUUUAAAAUAAAGUUAUUUAUAACAAAUCCAGAACCCACCACAGGCUGGCGCUAUUCCCCCAGCACAACAGCCAAUGCCACUUGCUUCCCUGUAACGAAAAUAAAUUAUCGUUUAAAAAUUGUCCAACUAUUUGUAUUUUCCCGCUAACCCAUUUCAGUUCGCUAUUCAAUAUCUUUAACAGUUCUCUCUGAUUCGGCCCCAAUCAAUAAAACAAAUGCUUGAUAUCGUUUAUCAGCAUACACUUAAUGACAUUCCUACCAUCUGAACUUAUUUACUGUCUCUCACUCCCCCCCCUCUCCUGCUCCUUCCUACAUUAUGGGGGAGGCGCGGGAAACUUCCCUACAAUCUUCCUUCUUAGGAAAUAAUGUCAUUCGUACUUAUAACAUAUUUUCAUAGACCUAUCUAAUGCAACUUUUAAUACACGUAAAAAAACUCUCUCUCUCCACCCAUUCCUUAUUGAAUAAGUGCGUCUUCCUAGUUACCCCAUAACCACGCCUCAAAUCUUUUAUUCAGCAUUUAACCAACCAAAUACUAAGUAGUAUCCGGUUAUCAUUUAUACCCGCCGUUGAAUUCCCUCAUACAUACAGUGGGGAGAACAAGUAUUUGAUACACUGCCGAUUUUGCAGGUUUUCCUACUUACAAAGCAUGUAGAGGUCUGUAAUUUUUAUCAUAGGUACACUUCAACUGUGAGAGACGAAAUCUAAAACAAAAAUCCAGAAAAUCCCAUUGUAUGAUUUUUAAGUAAUUAAUUUGCAUUUUAUUGCAUGACAUAAGUAUUUGAUACAUCAGAAAAGCAGAACUUAAUAUUUGGUACAGAAACCUUUGUUUGCAAUUACAGAGAUCAUACGUUUCCUGUAGGUCUUGACCAGGUUUGCACACACUGCAGCAGGGAUUUUGGCCCACUCCUCCAUACAGACCUUCUCCAGAUCCUUCAGGUUUCGGGGCUGUCGCUGGGCAAUACGGACUUUCAGCUCCCUCCAAAGAUUUUCUAUUGGGUUCAGGUCUGGAGACUGGCUAGGCCACUCCAGGACCUUGAGAUGCUUCUUACGGAGCCACUCCUUAGUUGCCCUGGCUGUGUGUUUCGGGUCGUUGUCAUGCUGGAAAACCCAGCCACGACCCAUCUUCAAUGCUCUUACUGAGGGAAGGAGGUUGUUGGCCAAGAUCUCGCGAUACAUGGCCCCAUCCAUCCUCCCCUCAAUAUGGUGCAGUCGUCCUGUCCCCUUUGCAGAAAAGCAUCCCCAAAGAGUGAUGUUUCCACCUCCAUGCUUCACGGUUGGGAUGGUGUUCUUGGGGUUGUCCUCAUCCUUCUUCUUCCUCCAAACACAGCGAGUGGAGUUUAGACCAAAAAGCUCUAUUUUUGUCUCAUCAGACCACAUGACCUUCUUCCAUUCCUCCUCUGGAUCAUCCAGAUGGUCAUUGGCAAACUUCAGAUGGGCCUGGACAUGCGCUGGCUUGAGCAGGGGGACCUUGCGUGCGCUGCAGGAUUUUAAUCCAUGACGGCGUAGUGUGUUACUAAUGGUUUUCUUUGAGACUGUUGUCCCAGCUCUCUUCAGGUCAUUGACCAGGUCCUGCCAUGUAGUUCUGGGCUGAUUCCUCACCUUCCUCAUGAUCAUUGAUGCCCCAUGAGGUGAGAUCUUGCAUGGAGCCCCAGACCGAGGGUGAUUGACCGUCAUCUUGAACUUCUUCCAUUUUCUAAUAAUAGCGCCAACAGUUGUUGCCUUCUCACCAAGCUGCUUGCCUAUUGUCCUGUAGCCUAUCCCAGCCUUGUGCAGGUCUACAAUUUUAUCCCUGAUGUCCUUACACAGCUCUCUGGUCUUGGCCAUUGUGGAGAGGUUGGAGUCUGUUUGAUUGAGUGUGUGGAGAGGUGUCUUUUAUACAGGUAACGAGUUCAAACAGGUGCAGUUAAUACAGGUAAUGAGUGGAGAACAGGAGGGCUUCUUAAAGAAAAACUAACAGGUCUGUGAGAGCCAGAAUUCUUACUGGUUGGUAGGUGAUCAAAUACUUAUGUCAUGCAAUAAAAUGCAAAUUAAUUACUUAAAAAUCAUACAAUGUGAUUUUCUGGAAUUUUGUUUUAGAUUCCGUCUCUCACAGUUGAAGUGUACCUAUGAUAAAAAUUACAGACCUCUACAUGCUUUGUAAGUAGGAAAACCUGCAAAAUCGGCAGUGUAUCAAAUACUUGUUCUCCCCACUGUACAUAUUUCACCUUAUGCCAUUCAAAUGCCCAACACAACAGAAUAGUUCCGUGCAAUUCUCUAUUGGUUCUUACAAGUCGCUCCGGACCAGAGCGUCUGCCAAAUGACCAAAAAUGCAAAUGUAAUUAUUCUGUACUUUCUCACUCAUUACGUACGUCUACGUUUGAGUGCGAAAGUUCAUACAUAUGCAUCGUUGGACUUCUCAAAUAAUCGCUUUGUGGUGUUUUUAGCCAAUUCUUAAUUGACACGAAUCAUUUUUUCAAACAUUUUACCCGUUGAACCAAAAAAAAUGACUGUCCUAUUCCUUUUCCCCUGCAGUCACGAUGGUUAAAUAUUCCUUUGUCCCCGUUAAAGCACUUUCGCGCUUAAAAAAGAAACACACUCGCUGUCUCUAGCCCCUCCUUUCGCUGUUUUUUUUUCAUCUAAUUUUAUAUGCAUCUGCCUACUAACUUUUUUACUUCGAGAUGCCCAAUAAAUUCAUACCUCUUCUCCCAAAUGGAUCCAUAAAACAUAUUUCUUCUUUCUCUUUCUAACAUAUAUCUUUCAUCUCCCGUUAAUUCUCGGACUUGUUUAGAAGAUGUCUUUCCCAUGGUGGAACAAUAAGAAAUCCCCCCCCCCUUUUUGUUUUUUAAAUAAUUCACUCCCGAAUUAUUUUCGUAGGAGUUAAUAUCUUAGUGCGCCUCUUGCUUUUGUAAUUAACCAUUUAAAAUGAUUUAACCCCUAACCCAGAGUUUCUAUUUAAAACUCCGGUUUCAUGAAAAGAGUAAGUUACCCAAUUUUUCUCACGCGACUUAUUUUUUUCUCCACCCCUGAAAUAAUGAUCACGUCUCCCGAUGGAUUAAGUCUCACACAUAUACGACCUUAUCAUUUGCCAAACUUGUUUGCAAAGUUCUAGCAAAUGCCCAGUUGCACAUGCUACUCCCGACACAUCCAUCUCACACAAUGAUAAUUAUUUCCCUGUUUAUACUGAACAUUGCAAUUCGUACAAUGACAAUAUUAACUAGUUUACAUUUGUGAUUGCAAUUCACUCCGUGUCAUUUCGGACUAGUUUAUUUUUGUAAUAGCUAUUCACCUAGGAUCAAUUUCGGACCCUCCCUGUUUAUACUGAACAUUGCAAUUCGUACAAUGACAAUAUUAACUAGUUUACAUUUGUGAUUGCAAUUCACUCCAUGUCAUUUCGGACUAGUUUAUUUUUGUAAUAGCUAUUUACCUAGGAUCAAUUGCGGACCCUCCCUGUCGUAAUAAUUAUUACCUUCUUUGAGAUUUUGGUAACCUGUCUGCCCUUUACAAGAAUUCCUAUUCUUAUACAAGUUCAAAUCAUUUCACCAAAAUCCAUGAAUAAAACUACUGACCUUUUCCUUGUAGUUUGGAUUCAAAUAAUUUUUCAAACUCGUUAACGUCUUUAUCGUUCAUAAAGAGUAAUCACCGGCCUGUUUAUAACCUUAACGUCGAAGGCCAGGACUAUUCUCCACGGAUGCAAUCACCCGGCCGUGCACGGAUUCGGUGUCUUCAGAACGAUAAAGAUGUAUUUUAAGCUCCGCUCAGAAGGACCAAUCUGUCAUGUGAAUUUCUAUCUCUAAUUCACCCUAAGCUUGAAUCAUUACCAGAGGUUGUAAAGCUCUGGUUUUAAUCAUCAAUGAUUCAAGGUCCACAAUCCACAAGUAAUUAUCGGUAUAUUUAUUCAUGGAGAGCUCUCCUGCCAAUGACACAAACAGACGAUUUUAUACCUCCUGGACUUGACUCCUCCCACCUUUAGGUGACUUUUCUAAACAGUUUCCGCCUUCCCCCUUGAAUGGUUAGUACCGCCCCCUCUGUUAGUGGGUUGACACUACAUGAUAAUUCUAACAUUUAUACUGUGUUUGGGGUGAAAUCCUUUAGUCAUUAUUCUUAAAAUCCAAAUUAAUCUAACACCUACCUGUUACUGCUGAUCCUAGAUCUGUAGCACUGUGCCCUCUCUGUUCUCUAGGUGGCUGACCUACCUGUUACUGCUGAUCCUAGAUAUGUAACACUGUGCCCUCUCUGUUCUCUAGGUGGCUGACCUACCUGUUACUGUUGAUCCUAGAUCUGUAACACUGUGCCCUCUCUGUUCUCUAGGUGGCUGACCUACCUGUUUCUGCUGAUUCCAGAUCUGUAGCACUGUGCCCUCUCUGUUCUCUAGGUGGCUGACCUACCUGUUACUGCUGAUCCUAGAUCUGUAACACUGUGCCCUCUCUGUUCUCUAGGCGGCUGACCUACCUGUUACUGUUGAUCCCAGAUCUGUAGCACUGUGCCCUCUCUGUUCUCUAGGUGGCUGACCUACCUGUUACUGCUGAUCCUAGAUCUGUAACACUGUGCCCUCUCUGUUCUCUAGGUGGCUGACCUACCUGUUACUGCUGAUCCUAGAUCUGUAACACUGUGCCAUCUCUGUUCUCUAGGUGGCUGACCUACCUGUUACUGCUGAUCCCAGAUCUGUAGCACUGUGCCCUCUCUGUUCUCUAGGUGGCUGACCUACCUGUUACUGCUGAUCCUAGAUCUGUAACACUGUGCCCUCUCUGUUCUCUAGGUGGCUGACCUACCUGCUACUGCUGAUCCUAGAUCUGGUUAUAUGCCUGGUGGCCUGUCUGGGGGUGGCCAAGCAGUCCCGUUGGCUACUCACCAUGUAAGUAACUGGUCCACACUCUGAUCUGUGUAAGUAACUGGUACCCACUCUGAUCUGUGAAAGUAAAUGGUACCCACUUUGCUCUGUGUAAGUAACUGGUACCCACUCUGAUCUGUGUAAGUAACUGGUACCCACUCUGAUCUGUGUAAGUAAAUGGUACCCACUUUGCUCUGUGUAGAGCUGAUCAAAUCAAAUCAAAUUGUAUUUGUCACAUGUGCCGAAUACAACAGGUGUAGACCUUACAGUGAAAUGCAUACUUACAAGCCCUUAACUAACAAUGCAGUUUUAAGAAAGAAUACCUAAAAAAAAAAGAGUAAUAAAAGUAACAAAUAAUUAAAGAGCAGCAGUAAAAAUAACAAUAGCGAGGCUAUAUACAGGGGGUACCGGUACUGGGGGGGGCACUGCAAAUAGUCCGGGUAGCCAUUUUAUUAGAUGUUCAGGAGUCUUAUGGCUUGGAGGUAGAAGCUGUUUAGAAGCCUCUUGGACCUAGACUUGGCGCUCCGGUACCGCUUGCCGUGCGGUAGCAAAGAGAACAGUCUAUGACUAGGGUGGCUGGAGUCUUUGACAAUUUUGAGGGCCUUCCUCUGACACCGCCUGGUAUAGAGGUCCUGGAUGGCAGGAAGCUUGGCCCCAGUGAUGUACCGGGCCGUACACACUACCCUCUGUAGUGCUUGCGGUCGGAGGCCGAGCAGUUGCCAUACCAGGCAGUGAUGUAACCAGUCAGGAUGCUCUUGAUGGUGCAGCUGUAGAACCUUUUGAGGAUCUGAGGACCCAUGCCAAAUCUUUUCAGUCUCCUUAGGGGGAAUAUGUUUUGUUGUGCCCUCUUCAUGACUGUCUUGGUGUGCUUGGACCAUUUUAGUUUGUUGGUGAUGUGGACACCAAGGAACUUGAAGCUCUCAACCUGCUCCACUACAACCCUGUCGAUGAGAAUGGGGGCGUGUUCGGUCCUCUUCUUUUUCCUGUAGUCCACAAUCAUCCCCUUUGUCUUGAUCACGUUGAGGGAGAGGUUGUUGUCCUGGCACCACACGGCCAGGUCUCUGACCUCCUCCCUAUAGGCUGUCUCGUUGUUGUCGGUGUUCAGGCCUACCGCUGUUGUGUCAUCGGCAAACGUAAUGAUUUUGUUGGAGUCGUGCCUGGCCAUACAGCCAUGAGUGAACAGGGAGUACAGGAGGGGACUGAGCACGCACCCCUGAGGGGCCCCCGUGUUGAGGAUCUGCGUGGCGGAUGUGUUGUUACCUACCCUUACCACCUGGGGGCGGCCCGUCAGGAAGUCCAGGAUCCAGUUGCAGAGGGAGGUGUUUAGUCCCAGGAUCCUUAGCUUAGUGAUGAGCUUUGAGGGCACUAUGGUGUUGAACGCUGAGCUGUAGUCAAUUAAUAGCAUUCUCACAUAGGUGUUCCUUUUGUCCAGGUGUGAAAGGGCAGUGUGGAGCGCAAUAGAGAUUGCAUUAUAUGUGGAUCUGUUGGGGCGGUAUGCAAAUUGGAAUGGGUCUAGGGUUUCUGGGAUAAUGGUGUUGAUGUGAGGCAUGACCAGCGUUUCAAAGCACUUCAUGGCUACAGACGUGAGUGCUACGGGUCGUUGGUCAUUUAGGCACGUUACCUUAGUGUUCUUGGGCACAGGGACUAUGGUGGUCUGCUUGAAACAUGUUGGUACUACAGACUCAGACAUGGAGAGGUUGAAAAUGACAGUGAAGACACUUGCCAGUUGGUCAGCACAUGGCCCGUUGCCCUAGCGACUCCAGACUCCACACAGCGAGCAUAGAAGUAAUUUAGCUUGUCUGGUAGGCUCGUGUCACUGGGGCAGCUCGCGGCUGUGCUUCGCUUUGUAGUCUGUAAUAGUUUGCAAGCCCUGCCACAUCUGACGAGCGUCAGAUCCGGUGUAGUACGAUUUGAUCUUAGUCCUGUAUUGACGCUUUGCCUGUUUGAUGGUUCGUCGGAGGGCAUAGGGGGAUUUCUUAUAAGCUUCCGGGUUAGAGUCCCGCUCCUUGAAAGCAGCAGCUCUACCCUUUAGCUCAGUGCGGAUGUUGCCUGUAAUCCAUAGCUUCUGGUUGGGGUAUGUACGUACAGUCACUGUGGGGACGAUGUCAUCGAUGCACUUAUUGAUGAAGCCAGUGACUGAUGUGGUGUACUCCUCAAUGCCAUCGGAAGAAUCCCGGAACAUAUUCCAGUCUGUGCUAGCAAAACAGUCCUGUAGCUUAGCAUCUGCUUCAUCUGACCACUUUUAUAUUGACCGAGUCACUGGUACUUCCUGCUUUAGUUUUUUUGUUUGUAGGCAGGAAUCAGGAGGAUAAAAUUAUGGUCAGAUUUGCCAAAUGGAGGGCGAGGGAGAGCUUUGUACGCGUCUCUGUGUGUGGAGUAAAGUUGGUCUAGAGUUGUUUUCCCUCUGGUUGCACAUUUAACAUGCUGGUAGAAAUUAGUUAAAACGGAUUUAAGUUUCCCUGCAUUCAAGUCCCCGGCCACUGGAUGAGCGUUUUCCUGUUUGCUUAUGGCUGUAUACAGCUCAUUGAGUGCGGUCUUAGUGCCAGCAUCAGUUUUUGGUGGUAAAUAGACAGCUACGAAGAAUAUACAGUGGGGAAAAAAAGUAUUUAGUCAGCCACCAAUUGUGCAAGUUCUCCCACUUAAAAAGAUGAGAGAGGCCUGUAAUUUUCAUCAUAGGUACACGUCAACUAUGACGUGUACCUAUGGAAAAAAAUCCAGAAAAUCACAUUGUAGGAUUUUUAAUGAAUUUAUUUGCAAAUUAUGGUGGAAAAUAAGUAUUUGGUCAAUAACAAAAGUUUCUCAAUACUUUGUUAUAUACCCUUUGUUGGCAAUGACACAGGUCAAACGUUUUCUGUAAGUCUUCACAAGGUUUUCACGCACGGUUGCUGGUAUUUUGGCCCAUUCCUCCAUGCAGAUCUCCUUUAGAGCAGUGAUGUUUUGGGGCUGUCGCUGGGCAACACGGACUUUCAACUCCCUCCAAAGAUUUUCUAUGGGGUUGAGAUCUGGAGACUGGCUAGGCCACUCCAGGACCUUGAAAUGCUUCUUAUGAAGCCACUCCUUCGUUGCCCUGGCGGUGUGUUUGGGGACACGUCUGGCACUGCAGGAUUUGAGUCCCUGGCGGCGUAGUGUGUUACUGAUGGUAGGCUUUGUUACUUUGGUCCCAGCUCUCUGCAGGUCAUUCACUAGGUCCCCCCGUGUGGUUCUGGGAUUUUUGCCCACCGUGAUCAUUUUGACCCCACGGGGUGAGAUCGAGGGAGAUUAUCAGUGGUCUUGUAUGUCUUCCAUUUCCUAAUAAUUGCUCCCACAGUUGAUUUCUUAAAACCAAGCUGCUUACCUAUUGCAGAUUCAGUCUUCCCAGCCUGGUGCAGGUCUACAAUUUUGUUUCUGGUGUCCUUUGACAGCUCUUUGGUCUUGGCCAUAGUGGAGUUUGGAGUGUGACUGUUUGAGGUUGUGGACAGGUGCCAUUAAUACAGGUAACGAGUGGAGGACAGAGGAGCCUCUUAAAGAAGAAGUUACAGGUCUGUGAGAGCCAGAAAUCUUGCUUGUUUGUAGGUGACCAAAUACUUAUUUUCCACCAUAAUUUGCAAAUAAAUUCAUAAAAAAUCCUACAAUGUGAUUUUCUGGAUUUUUUAUUCUCAAUUUGUCUGUCAUAGUUGACGUGUACCUAUGAUGAAAAUUACAGGCCUCUCUCAUCUUUUUAAGUGGGAGAACUUGCACAAUUGGUGGCUGACUAAAUAAUUUUUUUCCCCACUGUACUGCUCAAAAAAAUUAAGGGAACACUAAAAUAACACAUCCUAGAUCUGAAUGAAUGAAAUAAUCUUAUUACAUACUUUUUUCUUUACAUAGUUGAAUGUGCUGACAACAAAAUUACACAGAAAUUAUCAAUGGAAAUCAAAUGUAUCAACCCAUGGAGGUCUGGAUUUGGAGUCACUCUCAAAAUUAAAGUGGAAAACCACACUACAGGCUGAUCCAACUUUGAUGUAAUGUCCUUAAAACAAGUCAAAAUGAGGCUCAGUAGUAUGUGUGGCCUCCACGUGCCUGUAUGACCUCCCUACAACGCCUGGGCAUGCUCCUGAUGAGGUGGCGGAUGGUCUCCUGAGGGAUCUCCUCCCAGACCUGUACUAAAGCAUCCGCCAACUCCUGGACAGUCUGUGGUGCAAUGUGGCGUUGGUGGAUGGAGCGAGACAUGAUGUCCCAGAUGUGCUCAAUUGGAUUCAGGUCUGGGGAACGGGCAGGCCAGUCCAUAGCAUCAAUGCCUUCCUCUUGCAGGAACUGCUGACACACUCCAGCCACAUGAGGUCUAGCAUUGUCUUGCAUUAGGAGGAACCCAGGGCCAACCGCACCAGCAUAUGGUCUCACAAGGGGUCUGAGGAUCUCAUCUCGGUACCUAAUGGCAGUCAGGCUACCUCUGGCGAGCACAUGGAGGGCUGUGCGGCCCCCAAAGAAAUGCCACCCCACACCAUGACUGACCCACCUCCAAACCGGUCAUGCUGGAGGAUGUUGCAGGCAGCAGAACGUUCUCCACGGCGUCUCCAGACUCUGUCACGUCUGUCACAUGUGCUCAGUGUGAACCUGCUUUCAUCUGUGAAGAGCACAGGGCACCAGUGGCGAAUUUGCCAAUCUUGGUGUUCUCUGGCAAAUGCCAAACGUCCUGCACGGUGUUGGGCUGUAAGCACAACCCCCACCUGUGGACGUCGGGCCCUCAUACCACCCUCAUGGAGUCUGUUUCUGACCGUUUGAGCAGACACAUGCGCAUUUGUGGCCUGCUGAAGGUCAUUUUGCAGGGCUCUGGCAGUGCUCCUCCUGCUCCUCCUUGCACAAAGGCGGAGGUAGCAGUCCUGCUGCAAGGUUGUUGCCCUCUUACGGCCUCCUCCAUGUCUCCUGAUGUACUGGCCUGUCUCCUGGUAGUGCCUCCAUGCUCUGGACACUAUGCUGACAGACACAGCAAACCUUCUUGCCACAGCUCGCAUUGAUGUGCCAUCCUGGAUGAGCUGCACUACCUGAGCCACUUGUGUGGGUUGUAGACUCCGUCUCAUGCUACCACUAGAGUGAAAGCACCGCCAGCAUUCAAAAGUGACCAAAACAUCAGCCAGGAAGCAUAGGAACUGAGAAGUGGUCUGUGGUCACCACCUGCAAAACCAGUCCUUUAUUGGGGGUGUCUUGCUAAUUGCCUAUAAUUUCCACCUGUUGUCUAUUCCAUUUGCACAACAGCAUGUGAAAUGUAUUGUCAAUCAGUGUUGCUUCCUAAGUGGACAGUUUGAUUUCACAGAAGUGUGAUUGACUUGGAGUUACAUUGUGUUGUUUAAGUGUUCCCUUUAUUUUUUUGAGCAGUGUAUAUAUAUUUGAUUAAAUCAUCACCUUUUAAUUAUUCAAAUUUAGAUUGUGGUCCUGAUUGAGAAAUCUGCAUCCCAAAUGGCAGCCUAAGUGUCUCUACAACAGUGGAAUAGAUGGCAGCUGCUAUUCUCCAGAGGAAGGGAAACUUCAAGGUAUAGAACAAAUACCUUAAUACAGUUUAAAGGAAGGAGGAGGAGUUAGAUGUUCAGAUGAAGAUAGAACACAGCCUUUUAAUCCCUUCUGAAGAGAACAGAUGGAAAGUUAUUACAUCAUCUUCAUUUAUCUCUGAUGGUAGAAUGCUUUCUUCAUCACAAUCACAAUCUAAAAUAGAUUGAAUUUCAUUAUCUCUCUCUUCCACUCUUUGUGUCUCAUAUUAACCCCUCCCAGAACCAUAUACAGCAUUCUAAAUACAUGGCUCUGAACCCUUCCAUGGAUCUAACCUCUCAAUUCAAUUUAAGGGGCUUUGUUGGCAUGGGAAACGUGUUUACAUUGCCAAAGCAAGUGAAAUAGAUAAUAAACAAAAGUGAAAUAAACAAUAAAAAAUGAACAGUAAACAUUACACUUACAAAAGUUUCAAAAUAAUAAAGGAAUCUCUCUCUCUCUCAGGAUCAUGGUGUUUGGGGUGAUAUCUCUGGUCCUGAGCUGGGCAUCACUAGCAGCAGGCACUGCUACUGCCGUGGUGAGUGUCUGUUCUGUCCCGUCAUCACCAAACAUGCUCUAAUUAAAAAACUGCUUGUGACACUCUGGCUCUAUGGACUUUAUAAUUGAGCCAGGGUUGUUCAUUUUCAUGUGUUUGGGUGUAUUUCAUUUGGUGGUGUUGGGGAUGGGUGAGUUUCAUUUUGUUUGUGUCUAUGGUGAUUGGUCUAUGACUCCCAAUCGGAGGUAACGAGUGUCAGCUGUCGGCUCGUUAUCUCUGAUUGGGAGCCAUAUAUAUUCUGUGUGUUUUCUCCUUUGUUUUGUGGGUUAUUGUUUCCGUGUUGCUGUUAGUCUGUAUCAGUAUUUGAACUUCACGUAUCGUCAUUUGUUGUUUUCUUCGUGGUUGCUUUAAAUAUUAAAGUCAUCAUGUUCACUCCACGCGCUGCGUAUUGGUCCGCUCCUUCAGACGAUCGUGACACUGCUAUAAGUGAUCUCAUCUUUAUGUCUUUAAUGACGUCAUAGUCAGGUUGUGUACUGAUUUAUAUUAUAGGUUUUUUAAACGUCUUUCACUGGUUAUAAUUUGAUUAUAAUAAUUAAUAAUAAUUAGUCAUUUAGCAGACGCACUUAUCAAGAGCGAAUUACAGGAGCAAUUAGGGUUAAGUGCCUUGCUCAAGGGCACAUCGACAGAUUUUUCACCUAGUCGGCUCGGGGAUUAGAACCAGCAACCUUUCGGUUACUGGCACAACGCUCUUAACCACUAAACUACCUGCCGCCCCAUUAUCUGGCCAGAUAGCAACCAAACUAUGACCUGUCCUGUACAUACACUAUAUAUACAAAAGUAUGUGGACAUCCCUUCAAAUUAGUGGAUUCGGCUAGUUCAGCCACACCCGUUGCUGACAGGUGUAUAAAAUCGAGCACUCAGCCAUGCAAUCUCCAUAGACAAACAUUGGCAGUAGAAUGGCCUUAAUGAAGAGCUCAGUAACUUUCAAUGUGGCACCGUCAUAGGAUGCCACCUUUCCAACAAGUCAGUUCGUCAAAUUUCUGCCCUGCUAGAGCUGCCCCGGUCAACUGUAAGUGCUGUUAUUGUGAAGUGGAAACGUCUAGGAGCAACAACGGCUCAGCCGCUAAGUGGUAUGCCACACAAGCUCACAGAACAGGACCACCGAGUGCUGAAGCGCGUAGCGAGUUAAAAUCGUCUGUCCUCGGUUGCAACACUCACUACCGAGUUCCAAACUGCCUAUGGAAGCAACGUCAGCACAAUAACUGUUCGUUGGGAGCUUCAUGAAAUGGGUUUCCAUGGCCGAGCAUCCGUACACAAGCCUAAGAUCACCAUGCGCAAUGCCAAGUGUCGGCUGGAGUGGUGUAAAGCUCGCCACCAUUGGACUCUAGAGCAGUGGAAAAGCGUUCUCUGGAGUGAUGAAUCACGCUUCACUAUCUGGCAGUCCGAAGGACGAAUCUGGGUUUGGUGGAUGCCAGGAGAACGCAACCUGCAUACAAUGACAUUCUACAUGAUUCUGUGCUUCUAACUUUGUGGCAACAGUUUGGGGAAGGCCCUUUCCUGUUUCAGCAUGACAAUGCCCCUGUGCACAAAGUGAUAUCCAUACAGAAAUGGUUUGUCGAGAUCUGUGUGGAAGAACUUGACUGGCUUGCACAGAGCCCUGACCUUAACCCCAUCGAACACCUUUAGGAUGAAUUGGAACGCCAACUGCGAGCCAGGCCUAAUCGCCCAACAUCAGUGCCCGACCUCACUAAUGCUUUUGUGGCUGAAUGGAAGCAAGUCCUCGCAGCAAUGUUCCAACAUCUAGAGGAAAGCCUUCCCAGAAGAGUGGAGGCUGUUAUAGCAGCAAAGGGGGGACCAACUCCAUAUUAAUUCCCAUGAUUUUGGAAUGAGAUUUUCGACGAGCAGGGGUCCACAUACUUUUGGGCAUGUAGUGUAUGUGUGUCUACAGUACGUCUAGGCUUAGUGGGGUUAAUGGGGCAGACUUUGUUAAUAACAGGGACACAGGGCACUCAGGAUACCAUCCCAGAGAGGAGCCAGCAUGGUGGGGGACUAGGAUUAUCCAGAGGCUGGGUGACUGUGCUUCUGACGCAGGCUGGGAUGGAGGGAAAGAGGGAGGAGGGAGAGAGGGAGGGAGAGAGUAGGAGGGAUUGAGCGACAUGAGGAAAUCACGAGUCUACAUUUAUUUGACCAGAAAACACACUGCAACAAUAUCUCAACAACAGUCAGGAUUACAGUAACACAUGCCAUGUUGACAUCACUGACCAGUUUAUCCACACCCAGCCAGCUACAGAAACCAUUGUGUCGGUGUUAUUAUGACACGACCUCUGACCUAGAAUAAUGACAUGACAUCUGACCUAGAAUAGCAUGAUGCCACAGUAAGCAUGCCACACUUCUCCAGCUGGUAAUUGCAGAGUCAGUGUAUGUUGGGGGUCAGGAUAUAGGCUGCGUCCCAACUGGCAUCCCAUUCCCUACAUAGUGCACUUGUAGAUAAUAGGGUACCAUUUGGGAGGCAGCCACAUAUAUUGUCGUGCGGCCAAUAGAGAUUAGGGUCGAGGUCGAUCCCUAGCAGUAAAGUGGAUUAUCAAACCUUUUCACUGGAACAUUAUCGACUCCCUUGUUUUUUCCUGCGUUCCUCAUCCUCCUCUUCCGUUGAUUUUUCCUCCUCAACCAAGAUCAUUUUUCCUCCUCAACCCAGAUCAUUUUUCCUCCUCCUCCUCCUCCUCCUCCUCCUCCUCCUCAACCCAGAUCAUUUUUCCUCCUCCUCCUCCUCCUCCUCCUCCUCCUCAACCCAGAUCAUUGUUCCUCCUCAACUCCUCCUCCUCAACCCAGAUCAUUUUCCCUCCUCCUCCUCCUCCUCCUCCUCCUCCUCCUCCUCCUCCUCCUCAACCCAGAUAAUUGUUCCUCCUCCUCCUCAACUCCUCAACUCCUCCUCCUCAACCCAGAACAUUGUUCCUCCUCCUCCUCCUCCUCAACCCAGAUCAUUGUUCCUCCUCCUCCUCAACUCCUCCCAACAAUAAGAGAGGGAGAUAAAUAUUUUCUCAUAGAAAUAUAAUGCCAAUAGAUCAUGACUAUAUAGAUUACCUCUAAACUUCUAGACAUGUCAUUGGAGUUAUAUGUGUAUGGCCCUCUCUAGCAGGGUGACAGUCUGAAUACUGGGGAUCUUUGGCCUGACAGUAAUUGCUUAUGCAUGCACAUCAACAGGCUCUCUCCCUACACACACAAACACGCGCACACACGCAUGCAUGCACGGUCCCUGCUAUCUGGGUUCCUUGGGACGUCCGACUCGAGGUCACCCCAUUAAAGUUUACAUUUAAAAUGGUUAAGGUAAGGGUUAAGGUUAGGGUUAGGGUUAGAGUUAUGGUUAAGGUUAAGGUUUAGGGUAGGGACGUCCCAAGGACCCCGGAUAGCACUAACCACGCACACACACAAUCACACACAGAUGAAUGAGAGAGUCUGAGCAGACAGUCUAUAUGCUAGGGUUGGUUCUGCUACGCUCAGCACAGGUUAAAGAGGCAUGGAGACUGUUGUUACUAAUAGCCCUCUUGUGUGAUCUAUAGUUGAUUUACUUUGACAGGAUAUUAUUUUCUGUCACACCCUCCAUCGACUGUUAGGCUAAUAAUUCCAAACAGUCAUUAAGAUUCUGGGAAGUGAUUUGAGUCUUAAGUGUUUAUGACGGGUCUUAAUUUUUCUUUGUUCUGUAAAAUCAUUGUCCAUUUUAAUGUCAAGCUAUAAUAGUGCUUUAACAAGUCAUGGAUCAUUGAGUGUAAUUAAACACUAAUGAACACCAGAUAACACCUGUUUAAUGCCACGGUAUCAGGUUUGCGGUCAAUACCAUUUCAAUUCCAGUCAAUUCAGGAAGUACACUGAAAUUUGACCACAAUCCUGCUCGGUAUAGUAUCCUGUUUUCCCUGCAGGGCACCAGUGACUUCAGACUGUAUAGUGUCCUGUUUUCCCUGCAGGGCACCAGUGACUUCAGACUGUAUAGUGUCCUGUUUUCCCUGCAGGGCACCAGUGACUUCUGACUGUAUAAUAUCCUGUUUUCCCUCCAGGGCACCAGUGACUUCUGUGUGUCUCCAGACAAGUUCAUAGCGAACAGGACCAAGGAGUUCCUCAGUGCAGGUGAGGUACCUUCCAGUUCCAGUUUUCUAAUAGCAGUCAUAGACAAUGUGAUUUAUGCAAGUUAUCUUCACAGUCCACACUGGCUCACACUUGACAGAUGUAGUGGCUAAAAUAUAUAAUUGUCCCAAUACAAUUUCCAUUCUAAUCCUUUAGCCACAAUGGAGAGUGGUGAAAUGUUAGUCUUGAAUCAUACAAAUUCAAUGUCCAGAGUUUGAUUCAAGUUGAAAAAUAAUAAUACAUUUAUUUGUUGUUCUUGUGGAUACAAAAAUGUAUAGAAUUUUUCCUAAACUAAUUGUGAUCAUUAAACUAAAGAAACAAACAGCAUGGUAAACAUGGUCUGGUAUGGUCAAAAGACUGUGUGCUGCCAUUCCAGCCACUCCCAGUAGGCCUUGGAGCGUGUAUGCCUUUUAACUGUAUUCUCCACUGGCCUGUAGAGGGGGUACACACACUUGACAGGGGAUUAAUGGCAAACACACAUACAACAGAAAUGCAUCAUGAAUUGGAAACAUGCAAAUAUACAAUAUGACCUAUUUGGCUCCUACAGAACCACUGGUCAGAUAAACCCACUGUUACAGAACAAAUCCUACAUGUUAAGAUGUGUUUAUGCUGUCUUUACUUUCUGAAAUUAAUGAAUGUAAUUAAUACAGGGUGUGUUUGGGUUAAUCUUCAUUGGGAUGAUCUCUCUCUCUCUCUCUCUCAGAAGUGACACACUACUACCUGUAUUGCAGUCUACCCAACCCUUUCCAACAGGUACAUGAAUGAUCUUUUAGUUGUAAAAGUCGUUUUCCCUCAUUAGUUUGAUUAGCUCUGUCACGUUCGUCGGUAAGAGAGGAGGACCAAGGCGCAGCGUUGCAGGCAAACAUACUCUUUAUUUAGCGAUUACACUACAAAAUAAACAAAACGAUAACGUGACAGUUCACGGUCUAACACAAACCAACUAGAAACAAGAUCCCACAACUAUUGUGGGAAAACAGCCUGUUUAAAUGUGGUUCCCAAUCAGAGACAACCAGCCACAGCUGACACUCGUUGCCUCUGAUUGAGAACCACACUGGCAACAUAGAAAAGAAACAACUAGACCUACAACACAGAAAUCUACACACCCUGGCUCAACAUAACAGUGUCCCCAGAGCCAGGGCGUGACAAGCUCAGAAGCAGAUGUUAAUCAAAACGUUGUUGAGCCUCUGAGUUAAAAACAGGCAGCACUACUAAUUUAAUGACUUUCAGGCCAUAACAAAAAUACACUUUGAUCCAAGAACAUUUUAUAUGUGGGGUUUGGAGAUGAUUAGUGGGGUGUAGACAUAGACAGUGUGUAUAGUCUGCCUCAGGGACUACACACACACACACAGAGACCAACCCCCCCAUCCCCCAAAUCCCUUUUAUUUAUUUACCAUGCCGGGGAUAUUACAUAUUUAAAAGGCCAGUAUUAAUGGUCCAUGUAUUGAGGUAAUAUACAGAGGGUAGAUACAUCCUCAUGGCCAGUAAACACACACACAUAGCAGUAUCCAUUUAAAGCUUUGUGUUAUGCCUUGUUAAGUAGACAGAGAUAAUCUGCCCUCUUAUGGCUCAGCCAAUGGACAUAUUGUCUGUUGUUUGUGCUAGGGAUCAGAUUGGGGGAGAGGGGGGGUCGGAGUGUGUGUGUGUUUUGGGGUGGGUGGGGUAAUCUGGAUAAUCUGGGGCUCUCCGUCUGAAAUGAACGUGUCCUCCAUUAAGGGUCCAGAAUGACACACUUUAUGACAUAUUUUCACUCAUGUUUCUACACAGCUUUGACUCUACAAUUUGUGUGUGUGUGUGUGUGUGUGUGUGUCAGUCUCUGACUAUCUUCCAGAGGUCUCUGACCACCAUGCAGAUCCAAAUACAGGGACUACUGCAGUUCUCUGUACCUGUCUUCCCCACUGCUGAGGUGAGUGGAUGGAGCAGCAAUCAACAUAAAAAUAGCAUUAUAUUUAUUAUAUUCAGUACCGAUAUCUCUAUGGAGCUCAACAUCUAGUGCUGAUGCUGACACUGUAUUCUUCUAAACACAUAAGGGCAGAGCGCUAAAACGCUGUUAAAGCCCUCAUAGAGAGUAAUUGUCAAAUCCUGCAUGUCUGUUUAACAUGUUAGGGUUACUUAGUGCUCUGUGCCACUGUGUUUAGAAGAGUGUUACAGGAGUGUUACAGGAGGAAACAUAGUGUUACAGGAGGACACCUAGAGUUACAGGAGGAAACAUAGUGUUACAGGAGGACACCUAGAGUUACAGGAGGACACAUAGUGUUACAGGAGGACACCUAGAGUUACAGGAGGAUACAUAGUGUUACAGGAGAACACAUAGUGUUACAGGGGGACACAUAGUGUUACAGUAGGAUACAUGGUGUUACAGGAGUUUACAUAGUGUUACAGGAGGAUACAUAGUGUUACAGGAGGACACCUAGAGUUACAGGAGGACAUAUAGUGUUACAGGAGGAUACAUAGUGUUACAGUAGGACACAUAGUGUUACAGGAGGACACAUAGUGUUACAGGAGGAUAAAUAGUGUUACAGGAGGACACAGUGUUACAGGAGGAUACAUAGUGUUACAGGAGGACACCUAGAGUUACAGGAGGACACAUAGUGUUACAGGAGGAUACAUAGUGUUACAGGAGGAUUAAUAGUGUUACAGGAGGACACAUAGUGUUACAGGAGGACACAGUGUUACAUGAGGAUAAAUAGUGUUACAGGAGGAUACAUAGUGUUACAGGAGGACACCUAGAGUUACAGGAGGAUACAUAGUGUUACAGUAGGACACAUAGUGUUACAGGAGGACACUGUGUUACGGGAGGACACAGUGUUACGGGAGGUGUGUUGUUCCUCACACUAUUUUUAUACCUUGUCUACAGAGAGAUCUUCUGGGGAUCCAGCGCCUGCUGAACUCUACAGAGUUCAACAUGCACCAGUUAACAGCCCUGCUAGACUGCAGGGGGCUCCAUAAGGUGAGAUGGUUACCCUGAGACAAGAGGACGUCAUGGUUACAGUGAGAAUGCGUCUGUAGAAUGAGAACAUACCCAGACACACUUGAAUAAAAAUACAAAAGGUGCUCUUAGGUUCUUUGAAAUCCCCUAAAAACUCUUAUCGCACAACACUCCACGUUGUGACUAUACCAGAAAUAGAAAUUGAGUACUCAGAUGUCUUCAAAUUAUCUUCUUGUGGUUGAUGGACAAUAAAGUUAUAAUCUUAACAGUGAGGGUAACAGUGAGGGUGUCAUUGAGGGGUAACAGUGAGGGUGUCAGUGAGAGUAACAGUGAGGGUGUCAUUGAGGGGUAACAGUGAGGGUGUCAGUGAGAGUAACAGUGAGGGUAACAGUGAUGGUAACGGUAAGGGUAAUGGUGAGGGUAACAGUGAGGGUGUCAGUUAGGGUAACAGUGAGGGUGUUUUGUCUUGUAGAACUACCUGGAUGGUCUGAUGGGGGUGUGUUAUGACGGGGUGGAGGGUCUCCUCUACCUCUGCCUCUUCUCUCUGCUGUCGGUCAGUGCCUUCUGUGCCAUGCUGUGUGCCAUCCCCCGGGCAUGGACCCUCAUCGCCAGCAGGUAGGGACUGGUAACACUGUAUUUGGUCUAUGUGUGUUCAACCUACCUGUAACCACAACCCCAACCUUGACCCUUACACCUAAGCCUAACCAAAUAAGGACUGGGAGAUUCAUGGCCUAAAAGAUGUUUCAUUUGUUUGCUAUAGUGGUUCUAUUGUGUCUAUUGGUUUCAAUUAACAAUGGAGGCUGCUGAGAGGAGAACGGCUCAUAAUAAUGUCUGGAAUGGAGCAAAUGGAAUGGCAUCAAACACCUGGAAACCAUGUGUUUGAUGUAUUUGAUACCAUUCCUCUGAUUCCGCUCCAGUCAUUACCACGAGCCUGUCCUCCCCAAUUAAGGUGCCACCAAACUGUGUGCUAGUGGGCCUGGAUGUUGAUACUAGAGGGUCUGGAUGUUGAUGCUAGAGGGUCUGGAUGUUGAUACUAGAGGGCCUGGAUGUUGAUACUAGAGGGUCUGGAUGUUGAUGCUAGAGGGUCUGGAUGUUGAUAAUAGAGGGCCUGGAUGUUGAUACUAGAGGGUCUGCAUGUUGAUACUAGAGGGUCUGGAUGUUGAUGCUAGAGGGUCUGGAUGUUGAUACUAGAGGGUCUGGAUGUUGAUGCUAGAGGGUCUGGAUGUUGAUGCUAGAGGGUCUGGAUGUUGAUGCUAGAGGGUCUGGAUGUUGAUGCUAGAGGGUCUGGAUGUUGAUGCUAGAGGGUCUGGAUGUUGAUGCUAGAGGGUCUGGAUGUUGAUGCUAGAGGGUCUGGAUGUUGAUGCUAGAGGGUCUGGAUGUUGAUGCUAGAGGGUCUGGAUGUUGAUGCUAGAGGGUCUGGAUGUUGAUGCUAGAUGGUCUGGAUGUUGAUGCUAGAGGGUCUGGAUGUUGAUGCUAGAGGACCUGGAUGUUGCUUUGGGCGCCAUGAAAUGAAACUAACAGAAAGCCUGGUGCUGACUGAUGGUGCUCGCUCCUGUGGUGAUCUCAGGGACAGGGACAAUGACGACAUCGAUGAGGAGGAUCCGUUUAACCCCCAGGCCCGUCAUAUGGCCUACAACCCCAGUAGAGCCAGCCAUGUACACAGCUUCUGUAGCUACAGCAGCAGUCUGGACAGCCAGGCCAGUCUACACCCUCCACCACAGACUGCUGCCAUCCUCCCCACCUCAGAGUACAUGUAAGUAGAGAGAGGAGGUAGGGUGUCUGUGUCGGCCUGUGUGUGUGUCUAUUUGUCUGUUUGUGUGUGUCUGUCUCCCUGUCCGUAUCUGUGUGUCUGGAAUAAGCAGCACUGUGUUUGUUUUAUCAGAUAACUUGACUCUCUCUCUCUCUCUCUCUCUCUCUCUCUCUCUCUAUCUCUCUCUCUAUCUCUCUCUCUCUCUCUCUCUCUCUCUCACUCCCCCAUCUCUCUCUCUCCUAUAGGAAUCAGUCUAUGCUGUUUGGAGGGAACCCUCGCUAUGAGAACGUUCCUCUGAUCGGGAGGGGAUCCCCGCCACCCUCGGUGCGUUGGCCACUAACGUUAGAGGCCAGGUCUCUCGUUCUGGAGGCUAGGUCCCUCGUGUGAUGAUGUCACUGACAUGAACAUUAACGCUGCUACGUUCUACUGAGCUGAAGGGCCACAGACAGACUCAUGUAUAGAGCUGUGUGUACAGCCAGAGGCCAGGCAGGUCCCUUGUUAGAGAAUGUCAUCAACACUAAUACAUCAUAUUGUACUGAAGGACCACAGACAUUCUCCAAGACGCAGUCUCUGCUGCCUUUACUAUGUAUACCAUACAGUAUCCACAGCCUGACAGAACCUCCUGGGGCGGCAGGUAGUCUAGCGGUUAAGAGUGUUGGGCCAGUAACCGAAAGGUUGCUGGUUCGAAUCCCUGAGCCAACUAGGUGAACAAUCUGUUGGUGUGCCCUUGAGCAAGGCACUUAACCCUAAUUGCUCCUGUAAGUCGCUCUGGAUAAGAGCGUCUGCUAAAUGGCUCAAAUGUAAAUGGACUAUCGUUCAACAGAUAAUAAUUGGUCCAUUCCCAAAUUGUCCCCUAAAUCCUGCACCCUAUGCACUUGUGAUCCACCUUGCCAUCUGGAAGUUUGACCAUAUUGCUUAUACCAAUCAAAUACUCUCAGAUUUCCAUUAGGGUUUAUGGGGUCGAUUUGGGAUUGGCCCUUCCACUGCACAUUAUGGUGAAAGACUGCUCUCUGCUGGUCAUGGACUGAAAUACAGACAAAACAGUACAUGUUCUUCGCUCUUGUGCCAUUAUUUGGCCUGAUGCUCUCUGAUGCAAGCCUGCUAAUGUCCCUAGAGAGAGGCUAGCCUGCUAAUGACCCUAGAGAGAGGCUAGCCUGCUAAUGUCCCUAGAGAGAGGCUAGCCUGCUAAUGUCCCUAGAGAGAGGCUAGCCUGCUAAUGUCCCUAGAGAGAGGCUAGCCUGCUAAUGCCUACUACAGUAUGGCUUGACUGGUAAUGUUACAGUAUGGUUUGACUGGUAAUGUUAAAGAUGGCUUGACUGGUAAUGUUACAGUAUGGCUUGACUGGUAAUGUUACAGUAUGGCUUGACUGGUAAUGUUAAAGAUGGCUUGACUGGUAAUGUUACAGUAUGGCUUGACUGGUAAUGUUACAGUAUGGCUUGACUGGUAAUGUUAAAGAUGGCUUGACUGGUAAUGUUACAGUAUGGCUUGACUGGUAAUGUUACAGUAUGGCUUGACUGGUAAUGUUACAGUAUGGCUUGACUGGUAAUGUUACAGUAUGGCCUGACUGGUAAUGUUACAGUAUGGCUUGACUGGUAAUGUUAACGUAUGUCUUGACUGGUAAUGUUACAGUAUGGCUUGACUGGUAAUGUUACAGUAUGGCCUGACUGGUAAUGUUACAGUAUGGCUUGACUGGUAAUGUUAAAGUAUGUCUUGACUGGUAAUGUUAAAGUAUGUCUUGACUGGUAAUGUUAAAGUAUGGCAUGACUGGUAAUGUUACAGUAUGGCCUGACUGGUAAUGUUACUGUAUGGCCUGACUGGUAAUGUUACAGUAUGGCUUGACUGGUAAUGUUACAGUAUGGCCUGACUGGUAAUGUUACAGUAUGGCUUGACUGGUAAUGUUAAAGUAUGUCUUGACUGGUAAUGUUAAAGUAUGUAUUGACUGGUAAUGUUAAGGAUGGAUUGACUGGUAAUGUUACAGUAUGGCCUGACUGGUAAUGUUACUGUAUGGCCUGACUGGUAAUGUUACAGUAUGGCCUGACUGGUAAUGUUACAGUAUGGCCUGACUGGUAAUGUUACAGUAUGGCCUGACUGGUAAUGUUACAGUAUGGCCUGACUGGUAAUGUUACAGUAUGUUGUUGUGAAGCACAAUCAUUGUUCUAGUGCUGCUGUGCGCAGGGAGAGAAUCAAACCCUUCAGAGUUAGAACAGUCUGUUCUCACAACACACACACACACACACACACACACAGGCAAGUGAGACUACAGAGCACUUGACUCUGCACAGAAGUCAAGACAAGAGUACUUCUUGUUGUACAUUUGCUCAGAACAAAUGGUGUGCUGUGUAGCUUGACAUGAGAAGGGAGGUCAGUGGUGUUAUUAUUACUACUGAACAACUACAAUGUCAGCCGCAGUUUAAUAAAUGAUACCGCUAACACACAGGGUAAAUCUCUGCCAUCAGGAAACAAGUGGGACUAGAUGCUAGGAAGCUGUCUUUUAAACAGAUCCAAUUCAGAUGUUUAUUUAUUUGGAUAGAUGUAACCUAUUUUGUGACCUAUUUAUUCAUGAAACGUUAUAUAUUCCACUGGAUGUUUUUAAGCCGUUGCAAAUAACACAGUUGUCCAUCCUAUAUUGUACGAAUAUUUAAUUUAACGACAGAGACGAAAACCUUUUUGUGUGCCAAUCAUACUGGCCUUUUGUUUUUGCUACAUGUGCCAUAUAGUCUACAGGACAGGACCUAGCAUAUCUCUUUAUGCUGUCUUAAAGAAGACUCUUUGUUCUUUUCCAAUCCUUACCGGACAUCUAACUCAUAUUUUGCUUCUAACUUUAUUUUUGUAUUUUCUUUUACUGCCAGACAUUUAGAAACAGUAAGUGUUCUGUUGUACACUACACACAACCUUACUGUACCUUUAUACUUCCCUUCCUUUAUUAAGGAGGAUACUUUAUUUUGUUGUACCGCUCUCAUUCUCCUUCCACCCCGUCUAAUAAAAGGUGGUUCUAAGUCUUACUUCUAAUUCUUAGAAGUAGUUCAUAGUUCUAAUUAUUGCUCUUGUAGCCCUACAUCUCCGGAAUGAGACUGACCAUUAUUAACCAAUCAGCUUGUUUGGUCCUGACACCAAUGUGAUCUAUCUAAGCUCUGUGACCUCUAACCUCAGCUGUAUGACCUCUGACCUCCGGCGAUGUUGUGUCCACAGUGUGUUAACCUGUGAGUGGAACUUUUCAUGUGAUGUGCCCCCUCGCCCCUAACCCAAAUCUCACCCACACGCCCCUCACCUUUGACCUCUGCCUGCCCUUCACCUGUGACCUGUGUCCUACCGUCUCCCCGCCACCCUGUAGUUCAGAACACUGAGUCACACAACCCCCUGACCUACCCACCACGGAGCACCUCCUAAUCAAAACAAAUGUUUGAACAUUUAUGACAUUUUUCAAAGUUUGAUUGAUAGAAAAAACGAUUUUGCUUUCACACAGUUAUGUGAUCUAACGUGUAUUUUGUUCCUUCCUCCUGCAGUAUUCUCCCAGAAUGAGGACCACCUACCUGUCUAUGACUGACACACAGAUCAGACACUUCGGGACAGACUUCCAGCAGGUGUAGCCCCCAACCAUGACCUACUGGUGCCCCUCAGGAAGGGUCUGUCUGGGACACACUGUGGUGGCUGACUGGGACUACCACUGUACUGAGGAAGCUGUGUUUACAGAUAACCCUGUCCAUGGAUGUCUUACCCUGCUCUCCUGGCCAUCUGUUACUUAAAUGCAGGAGGUAUGGGGCCAACAACACCUCAGGAACACACUGACGCUCUUCAAGUCCUGUACUGUACAUGUAGAAACCAGGAGACUACAUAUAAUCCCAAGUGUAAAGUGCACUUGCAUCUACCCAGACAAACUGACAAUUCAGUUAUGUGUUUUCUUCAAAUGUUCGUCUGGAGCCAGAUCAAAAGACAUGAUUAUUAUGGACCAAGUUGAACAUUUAUAUUUUCCCUGCGAGUGACAUCACCUACGAUGGAUUUCAGGGGGCAACAAAUAACCAGAUGGAUUUCCUUCAGAGUUAUGACAUGAACUCUCUUCAGUCUUCAUCAACCUAUCAUCACUAUUACAAACUGUCAUCUAGCCAGACUAGCAUUCAGCACCUCUUACAGUUGACUACACAGCUCUUACACAUCUGACAAAACCCAAAGCCUUCAUAAUGUCUUCCCUCAGAGAGAUGCGUCAAACUUGAUGAAAACGGACACUGUAUUUUCACUUGUCUUUCAUGUUAUUCAUUGAACCUAAAAGGGUUAUUCGGCUGUCCACAUAGGAGAACCCUUUGAAGAACCCUUUUUGGUUCCAGGUAGAAUCCUUUUGGUUCCGGGUAGAAUCUUUUGGGGUUCCAUGUAGAACCCUUUCCACAGAUGGAACCCAAAAUAGUUCUACCUGGAACUAAAAAAGGGUUCUACCUGGAACCAAAAUGGAUUAUCCUAUGGGGACUGCCGAAGAACCCUUUUAG